UCGAAACGCACCAGAGACUUGGCACAAAAGCUCACAGGCGACCACAGGUGUACAGGCACUGUCUCGUGUUACAUCGGCUCCUCGAGAGAUGCGUUUUUACACCUAAGGACACCCACCAGAGCAAGCCUCAAACAACGUGAAAGCCGAGCGGGAAAGUUGUGCUUCCAAGGGACCGUCCUCGGUCAGUGUUUGGAGUCUGACUCCUCCGUUCCGAGUUGCUGAACAUCCGCGAGGAGGAACAAUCAUGAACCGCACUUUCUUCGAGCUUACCCAAGGUGCGCUGUUCAACGGCAGCCAAACUCUUGCCGGUACCCUGGCGAGCUGCUGUAACGGCACCGAUGUGGCGACCAGCGACGGCGGGUCUCUGGUGCUGCAGCAGGACGAGAGGAAACUGUUUAUCAUGCGCGUGGUGCAGAUAGCCGUGCUGUGCGUGCUCUCGCUCACGGUGAUGUUUGGGAUCUUUUUCCUGGGUUGCAACCUGAUGAUCAAGUCGGAGAGUAUGAUCAACUUUCUGGUGAAAGACCGGAGACCUUCCAAAGAUGUGGAAGCGGUGAUGAUCGGACUGAGCUAGAGAGCAUGUUUAGAUAGAAAUGUUAGCGCGGAGAGAUAAAUGCCUCGGCAUGUCGAAUCUGCAUGCACACAUUGAAAAGGCGCUCUCGGUGUGUUGGUAAGGAAAAUAUUGAUAUGCAAAUAGUAGGAACCCUUUCCGGGAAAAAAAAAAAAAUCUGCAACAAAAUAUCUAGCCUACAAAGACAGUGUGCGUAAAGUUUGAGCCAGAAAUUGUUUACACAUCGGCUGGUCUGUAUGUUUUGAUAACCAUAGGGCCAACUUGAACAAAGCAACGAACAUGUUUACAAGAUGUUACCUCAAACUAUUUUAGUAAAUUUCUAAUGAUGAUUAUUGAAUGUUUUUAGCUCAUAAACUCAAAACGCAUGGUAAGCAUUGUGCUGUGGUCGUUCGGAAGAUGAUGUCUUUGGACGUAAUGGACGUGGAUUAUAGUUACAUACAAAAAGUCUUAUUUCUGUAGUAGGCUACUCAGUGGCAUGUGGGGGAUGCAGUUUUAUUAACCCAAUCACAAUCACAGUGUUUUGCUCCUAUCACGCAUGCGCGGU